AUGGUAGAACAGGUACAGCAGUCCAAACUAGUCCUCCUGGGCGAGAUGGGCUCCGGGAAGACCAGCCUGGUCCAGCGCUUUGUUCGUGGACAGUAUUUCGAGAACCAGGAGUCAACCAUAGGCGCUUCCUUCUUCACAAAAACCAUUCCUGAGAAGCACGUCAAGUUCGAGAUUUGGGACACGGCGGGGCAGGAGCGGUACCACUCCCUGGCGCCCAUGUACUACCGCGGCGCCGCCUCGGCGGUAGUGGUCUUCGACACCACGCUGGCCAGCUCCUUUGAACGCGCCAAGAAGUGGGUACACGAGCUGCGCCAGAACGUAGCCAACCCCGACCUCAUCAUCGCGCUGGUGGGGAACAAGGUGGACCUGGUGGACGCGCGCGCUGUGGCCGAGGCCGACGCGCGCAACUACGCGGCUGAGACCAGCCUGCUCUACUACGAGUCCAGCGCCAAGACCAACGUGAACGUGGUGGAGGUGCAUGCCACGCGCACAGGCUUCAGGAUCAGCAAGGUGAUCAGGGGCGAGGAGAAGGGAAUAAGUAGAAACCUCCCCAGGAGGACACUGCAGGUACCGGGGGGCUGA